AUGUCAGAGGGAAGUACUCUAUGGACAAGUAGGAGCGCGGCAGCAGCAGAGCAGAGCCCCUGGAAAGCCUAUCGGAUUGCAGCGGGGCGGCCGCUUUCACCCACCCGCACCAGCGCCCGCGGGCCAGCCUCCCAGCCGCCGGCUGAGUCAGGUUUCGCGCGGAAGUCCCGUGUCCCGUGGCGUAUCAGCCAGAGGUUCGACGACCCGUCCUUCCCAGCUGACAUUCCGCGCCGCCGCCAGCCGCUAAUUGACACGCCCGCCGUCUUCUGCAGCGGGGACGAGCUCGCUGUACGGUGCCAGUUCUCUCCAGCGGGCGAGUACCUGCGCUUCGUGCGGCUGCCGGAGAACGUGCCGGUGGGCGGCGAGGUGCUGCAGGUCGAGGUGCACCCGCGGCACGGCCUCUCUCUGCAGCCCAUAGACAAGGCGGAGGACGCGACGUUCUUCGAAGUGCGCGAGCUGAGCAGCCAGCUGGUGUCGGUGGCGCUGGCGCGCUCGCUGGAGGACCUGGUGGACGGCGACAGCCCGCAGAACGUGCUCAAGUUCCGCCUCGUCUGCGACUACCAGGACGGCGACGACACGAUUUCUUCAUUCCUGUCCGUGACGGUAUACGUGGAGGAUGUGAACGACCACAGUCCUGUGUUCGUGAAUGCGCCGUACCAUGUCACCGUCGAUGAACUUACGCCUGUAGGCGCGACGCUGUUCCGCGACGUGCGCGCGACGGACGGCGACAAGCCCAACACGGCCAACUCGGAGGUGGCGCUGAGCAUCGCAGCGGGCGACGAGCGCGGCCGCUUCUCGCUGGAGGCCGGCCCGGGGCCCCGGGCGGCGCUCGUGCUGCGCCGGCCGCUCGACUACGACGCCGGCGACGUCGAGUUCGACCUGACGCUGCUCGCCACGGACCGCGGCACGCCAGCGCGAAACUCAACCACACAGCUGGUGGUGUCCGUUGUUGACAACGAUGAUCUGCCGCCCAAGUUCACCCGAGACGUCUACCGCACGCAGAUCAGCGAGUUUUACCCCAUCACCGGCGCGCGCAUCCACCAGGAGCUGCGCUUCUCGCCGCCGAUCCAGGCGUACGACCAGGACGCGUCGCUGAACGCGCCGCUGCGCUACGACAUCGUGUCGGGCAACGAGCAGCGGCUGUUCCUGCUGGACGCGCAGAACGGCUCUCUGUUCCUGGAGCGCGAGCUGGACCGCGAGCGCCACAGCGGCGUGCUCGUGCUGCAGCUGCAGGCCUCGCAGGCCGACCGGCCGCUGCGCGUCGCGCACGCGCGCGCCGAGGUCUCCCUGCUCGACAUCAACGACAACCUGCCCGAGUUCGAGGUCGACGCCUACAAUAUCAGCAUCGUCGAGAACCUGCCCAACGGCUUCAGCGUGCUGCAGGUCGCCGCCACCGACAGGGACCAGGGCGAGAACGCAGAGUUCUGGUUCGAGCUGGAGGACCCGGAGCAGGCGUUCUCGGUGGAGGCGGACUCUGGCUGGCUGACGGUGCGCGACCAGAGCAAGCUGGACCGCGAGGCGCGGCCGUCGCUGCACAUGUCGGUGGUGGCGCGCGAGAAGACCCCCAGCGUGGCCGCCCCCGCCCCCGCCGCCGCCAGCCGCGUCGCAGUCGAGGUGACGCUGCUCGACGCCAACGACAACAACCCAGCCUUCCAGCCAGACAAUCUCUACUCAUUCUCCGUGCGCGAGGACGCCGCACCAGGGACCGUCAUCGGAAAGGUGUGGGCGACGGACGCGGACCUGGGCCGCAAUGGGCAGGUGGUGUACGCCGUGCAGGCGGCCGGCGGCGCCAACGGCGGCGGCGGCGGCGGCGGCGGCGGCGGCGUCGCGGCGCCCGCCUUCACGGUGGACGCGCAGAGCGGCGAGGUGGCCGUGGCCGCGGGGGCGCGCCUCUCCGUGGGCCGGCACGCGCUCUUCGUGGAGGCCUCUGACCAGCCCGAGAACCCCAGCGAGCGGCGCUUCAGCAUCGCCGUCGUCUCCGUAGACGUGCAGCCUGUUGGCCGCGCAGGGACGGAGAGCAGCACGGAGCCGGACUUCGUGGGCGCGCCGUACGAGUUCUGGGUGGGCAGCACGGUGCCCGUGGGCACCAGCGUGGGGCAGCUGCGCACCAACGCCGCCGUCGACGCCCGCUCCGCAGUCUUCGACCUGCUGCACAGCUUCCACCAGGGCGUAUCAGGGCUUGCCUUGGCUGCCGCAGUGCCCUUCGCAGUGGAGGAGCGGUCGGGCGUGAUCAGCGUGGUGGACGAGAUUGGCAAGUACGCGCCCACGCUGUACGACUUCGAGGCGGUGGUGGCGGCCGACCCGGACGUGGCGCUCGUCACCAACGUCACCAUACACGUCGUCAAGCUGGACGGGGCGCAGCCGCAGGACAUCAAGCGGGAAGUGGAGCUGCACGUACUGGAGAACCAGCCGGCGUCGGUGGUGGGGCGGCUGCCGCCCCCGGCGCAGGAGGCAGUAUUGGGGGCAGAGGUGCGCUACACGCUGGCCAACGGGCACGAGGAGGCGGCGCGAAGCCUGGCCGUGGGGGCCGACGGCACGCUGCUGGCGCAGAGGCCGCUAGACCGCGAACGACAGGACGUCUUCCACCUGACCGCGCUCGCCGAGACCUCCAGGGGCAUCGCCGCCGUCUACCAGGUGACGGUGUUCGUGGACGACGAGAACGACAACGCGCCGGCGUUCGAGCACGCUCGGUACGAGGGCGCACCGCGGGCGGUGCGCGCCAGCGACGCCGACGCCGGCAGCCACGCCGCCUUCUCGCUGAGCCUGCGCGGCGACGGCAGCCACCUGUUCCGCCUGGACGCCGCCACCGGCCGCCUCUACCUGCGCGCGCCGCUCGACCGCGAGCAGGCGGACCACUACAACCUCAGCGUCGUCGCCAAGGACACCGGCAACUUGAGUUCCGAAGCGAAGCUGACGGUGAGCGUGACGGACGUGAACGACAACGCGCCGCGCUUCGUGCAGCUGGUGGUGCUGCACGGGGAGCCGCGCCGCAGCGAGGUGCGCAACGUGAGCGGGUCGGCGCGGGCGCCGCUAGAGGUGACGGUGGAGGAGACGGCGCCGCCGUCGGCGCCGCUGCUCCUGGCGGCAGAGGUGCUCACCGCCGGGCCGCGCUCGCCCUGGUCCGUGCCGCACUACCGCUCCGUCGCCGAGAGCCUCAACUCCAGCGACGCCUUCCUGGAGCUGGACGCUUCCGUGGACGGCGGCGGCUGGGCGCGCACCCAGUACCGCACCAGCAGGGACGACAGUCGCGCGCGCUGGACCGUCACGCGCUUCGCGGGCGACGGCGACGGCGACGUGGACGUGGUGGCUACGGACGGGCCGGGGCUGUCGGACACGCUGGAGCUGCGCAUCCGCGUGGCGGACGUGAACGACCACGCGCCGGAGUUCGAGCGGCCGUGGUACCGGUUCGAGGUGGCCGAGUGGAACUCGUCUGCGGAGCGCGAGGUGGGGCGGGUGCGCGCGCGCGACCUGGACCACGGCGACAACGCGCGCCUCGCCUACCACCUGCUGCCGGCCGCCGGGCAGGAGCUGGAGCUGCCCUUCCGGCUGGACGCCGACGACGGCGUGCUCACCGCGACGCGGCCGCUGGACCGCGAGCAGCGCGAGGUGUACGCCUUCAAGGUGCGCGCCGUCGACCAGGCGCCGCCGGCGCUCCGCCGAUCCGCCACCGUCGACGUCCAGGUGGUGGUGCUGGACGUGAACGACAACGCCCCGGCGUUCGAGAGCUUCUCGGCUAUCGAGACGGACGCGUCGGGGCGGCCGGUGCCCGUGUACCGCGCCUCGGUGCCCGAGUCGGCGGCCGCGGGGCAGGAGGUGCUGCGGCUGGCCGCCAGGGACCCGGACGCGGGCCGCAACGCGCUGCUGCUCUUCUCGCUGCUGGACGCCGCCCCCACGCCGCCGCCCGGCGUGGAGGUGCAGCCGGAGCCGGAAGGUUCGUUGGCGCGGCAGGCGGUGUUCUCGCCUCGGUACCUGGAGGUGUCGGUGGAGGAGAACUGCGAGACGCCGGUGGUGAUAGCGGCGCUGAACGUGUCUGCACCGUACCGCGGCCUGCCGCUCAACCUGAGCGUGGCGCCGUCGCGGCACGCCGCCUGGUUCGCCAUCGGCCGCGACAACAGCUCGCUGCUGCUGGUGGCCAGCCCGGACCGCGAGGCCACGCCGCGCCUCGAGGCCACCGUGCACGCCACCUACAGCCGCCGCGGCCGCCUCGUGCUGCUCUACCCGCCAGACCUCGGAGACCUGGGUCACGACGAGGCCCGCGUGGUGGUUCUGGUUCGCGACGUGAACGACAACUCGCCCCGCUUCCUGGGCAGCGGGAGACCUCUGGUGACGGCCAUCCCCACCUCCACCACCUACGGCCACCACAUACUCACUGUCAAGGCGGAGGACCCAGACGAGGGCGCCAACGGCGAGGUGCGCUACUCGCUGCUGGGCGGCGCCGGCUCGGGCCCGCAGGCGCGCUUCGCGGUGGACGCCGCCAGCGGCCGCGUGCGCGCCCUCUCCUCCUUCCGCAGGGACGCCGGGCGCGUCUUCGGCUUCGACGUCAAGGCCACCGACCGCCGCGGCGCCGACGACGGCCGCUCCACCAUCGCCAACGUGCUCGUAUACGUCUUGGAAGAUGACAAGCAAGUAAUCAUGGUCGUCGCUACGAAGCCCACAAUGGUAGAGAAGAACGUUGAGAACAUCACCACGGCGCUGUACAACGCGACGGGGCUCGACGUGCGAGUGCGCAAGCUGGAGCCGCACAUGGGACGGGACAGCGAGAUCGUCUCAGGGACCGAUUUGUACUUGUAUGCUGUCGACCCCCAUAUGAACGCCGUCAUUGAUAUGGACACAUUGCAAAAGCGGCAGGAGGAGCUGGGAAAGGCUCUGACGUCGCCGUUCACGCUGUCGGCGGCACCGUCGGGGCCCGCGUACAACGGCGACACGACGGACACGUACGUGGACAUGCACUCGCGCCGCUCCGGCGAAAGCGGGGGCGGGGGCGGGCCGCUGCGGCACCAGCACCACCGCCACCAGCACCACCGCCACCACCGGCACGGGCCGGGCUGCGCCAGGGCGCACCAGGGGCUGCAGGCCAGCCUCGCCUCGCUGCACUCCAGGGACUCCGGCGUGGGCGGCUCCCACAGGCCUGCGGGGGCGGGCGGCCGCUGCAUCUGCGGCCACUCCACCAGCCACUCCUCGGACAGCAGCGGGGGCAGCUACGAGGACUCGCUGAAGGGCGCGCAGCUGCGCCGCGGCCACGCGCCGUCGCGCCGCCAGCGCCAGCGGCACAGCUCCGCCUCGGCGGCCAGCUCCCUGGGCGCCGCCCCCGCCGUCCCCGCCGCCCCCGCGCCGCCCCCGCCCGGCCAGCCGCCGGCGUCGGGCCGCGCGUCGCCUUGCGCCACGCUAGGCCGCCGGCCCAGCCACCGCGACGCGGGCUCCGUGCGCUAG